AUGCCACACUUGGACAUUGUAACCAAUGUGACCAUCCUAAACAGUGUAGCUGUCCUCUCUGCAUUCCUGCAAGCAGUCGCUCAGUGCACUGCCAAAAGGAUGAACAUCUUCCUGCUGCCUUCCAUCAUGGCCUCUGUGGUUAUGGUUGUUGGUUACUGUUUGUUCGUGGUCCUGUACAUUUUGAAAGACCCCACCGAUGUGAAGACAGCCAUCUGGGUGGGUCUUGCUGUUGGUGGGUCGAUCUUGGUAUCUUUCAACUGGUGGGAGAAUUACUUCAGGGUGAUCUGUGUGAAUAGCAAAUCCAACAUCCUGAAAAAUCUGUUUGAAGACUUGACCAAGAGUCAGAACAUGCUGCACAUCAUGUCCAGUGUACUGAGGAUUGUGGUCACUGCCUGUGUGCUUGGUGCCUAUGUUCCUCUGGCCGAGAUGGACUGGGACAUUGUGACCUCCAUUCCAAGCAGGGAAACAAGAAUUGUAGCCAUCAUCAUUGGGGUCCAGCUGAUCUCCUCUGCACUCUGCCAAUGGUUUGCUUUAGCAGCCUGUAAGAUGCAUGCUGUACGCAGAUGCUUCAUUGUGCCUUUGUACCUGGCUUCACUGGCUGUGAUGGUGCUGUUCAUCGUCCCUGUUAUUCUGGAUUAUCAGGACCACCGAUUAAUCUUGAACACAACUGAAAACAUCAACUUCACAAGUUACUGCGUUGAUGCUGUGAUUGUAAGAAAUCAAAGUCUGAGUGGUAACCUGUUCCCACAUCUGGUUUUGGAUGUUGCCCAAACACUCUGCUUCCUGGACCUGUCCAACACAGCCAACAUCGGCUUACUGACAGGUGCAGCAGCAUCAUGGUGGAUUGGUCUUGUGCUGGCUACUAUCCAUAUAUGGUUCUUUAAAAUUUAUCGUAUCCAGAAGACACAAGACUUGUUUGGUCGGAGACUCUAUGAGGGAGCCUUUAUUGAGCAGUCCUUACUCCUCAACACCCGUUUCAACAUCCGGACUAGAAAAAGCAGGAAGAAGCAGAAUAAGGAGGAUGCCACUCCUGCUCUGAUUUAUCUAUGUGCAACAAUGUGGCAUGAGACCUAUGAGGAGAUGAUGAAUAUCAUGAUCUCAGUUUUCAGACUGGACAAGUACAGACCAAAGACAGAACCUAAGUUUGAUGAUUUCACCUUUGAAGCUCAUAUCUACUUUGAUGACGCCUUUGAAAAUGCCAAAGGAAAUCAGGAUCGUCACCUGAACACAUAUGCAAAGGACCUUGUGCAAAUCAUCACAGAGGUUUAUGGCAUUUUCACAAACCUUGAUAAAACAUUCUUUGGAGUACAGCAGCAAAUUCCGGAUCAGUCAAUCAUAGAGACGCCAUAUGGAGCCAGACUUGUUGUUAAAAUGCCUCAUGGGAAUAACAUUGUCGCUCACUUCAAAGACAAACAGAAAAUUCGGAACAAAAAGAGAUGGUCUCAGGUUAUGUAUCUUUACUAUCUUUUGGGGUUUAAACUCAUGACCAAAUAUCACAGACGCUGGAAGAUGGGGGAAAAGGAAACCGAUCUAAGGACAAAUAUCAAGAGAGAGAAACACAACACCUACCUCUUGGCUUUGGAUGGGGACACAGACUUCCAACCAGCUGCUGUGAUGCUUCUCAUUGAUCGUCUGAAAAUGUAUCCCCGUGUUGGUGCAGCUUGUGGCAGAAUUCACCCCACUGGAUCAGGUCCUGCUGUUUGGUUCCAGAAGUUUGAGUACGCUGUCAGUCACUGGCUGCAGAAGACAGCUGAGCAUGUCUUUGGCUCCGUUCUCUGCAGCCCUGGCUGCUUCAGUCUGUUCAGAGCAGAGGCGCUAAUGGAUGACAAUGUGAUGAAGAAAUAUUCAACCAAAUCCACAGAGCCCAGUCAAUACAUCCAGUAUGACCAAGGUGAGGACCGCUGGCUGUGCACUCUGCUACUGAAACAAGGCUGGAGAGUAGAAUACAAUGCAGCAUCUGAUGCCUACACCAACGCACCACAGGACUUUAAAGAACUGUACAACCAGCGGAAACGAUGGGGCCCUUCCACAAUGGCAAACGUUGUAGAUCUGCUCGGUUCCACCAACCUCGUUUCCAAGAAGAAUCCAUCAAUGUCCAAACCAUUCAUGUUCUACCAGCUGUUUGCCAUGAUUUCAGCCAUUCUUGCUCCGGCCACCAUCUGUCUCAUGGUUGCAGGGAGUCUGUCCUUCAUUUUGGAUAUACCUUCUGCUGCUGCUCUGGUCAUAGCUGUGAUACCUCCUGCCAUUUACUUGGGUCUUUGCUUUAAGCUCAAGGCAGACACUCAGAUCAUUAUUGCAGCAGUGUUGAGUAUCAUGUAUGCAUUCCUUAUGAUGGUAGUGACAAUGUCCAUUAUUGCCUCAAUGGUGAAGGAACAGACCAUUCUGACACCCAGCAGCAUUUUCAUCGUGAUCAUGUCAAUCAUUUACAUUGUCACUGCACUGCUGCAUCCUCAAGAACUUCCUUUGCUGUUCUAUGGAUUACUCUACAUCAUCUGCAUCCCAAGUGCCUACCUCCUGCUCACCAUCUACUCCAUGGUCAACAUGAACAGUGUCUCAUGGGGAACCAGAGAAACAAAACCUACUGCAGAGGCUGCAACAACUGCAGCCGCCAUCCAGCAAACUAAAUCACAAAAAGGUUGGACAGCAGAAUUGGAGAGUUUGUCCAGCGACAUUAAGCUGCAGCCGGGUUCUCUUGAUGAGGAUGAGGAGCGGUUUUGGAAAGAACUUAUUGAAAAGUAUCUGGAACCUCUGCAAAAUGACAAAGAAAAACAGGAAAAGACUAAAAAUGAGCUGCAAGAUCUUAGAAACAAGAUCAAUUUUUCAUUCUUCUUCUUGAAUGCCCUGUGGCUGGUGGCAGCCUUCAUAUUUCAAGUCUUCAAGGUCUUUCAAAUCCAGUUUGACAUUGUUGACUUGAACCUCAACAAAACUGGUAAACAGUUCCAAAUUGAGCCAAUGAGCCUCAUGUUCAUCCUGGGCUUUGCUAUUUCAGUUUUCCUCCAGUUUAUUGGGAUGUUGUACCACAGAAUUAUGACCCUCAUUCAUUAUGUGGCAUUUUUGGAAACGGAGCCAAAACAACAGAAGUCUGCAAGAACAGAGAGUGACUCCAUGUCCAAUGCAGGUUCCAGCUCACGCUUCAACUCUGUGACUGACAUGAGCAACAUCUCACAGGAAGAAUCUGAAUUGUAUUUAAGUGAUGGUUGGAGCACUGAAGACGACUCUCUAGAGGAGAGUGUGGAUGAAACUCAGGAGACUUAG